CAUUGCUUCCCACACAUUAGAAGAACAGAAUUUUACCAAAAAGUCCAUGCUGUCAGCAAAAUAUUCAUGUAAACCUCAGCAGUCAACUUGCCCGACCGGCAUGUGCAGUACAGCAGUCAUCACAUGUAAAUCUGGGCAUUCCUCACUUCCCUGUACUGACUUAUAUCCGCUUCUCACACGACAUAUUUAAGUCAAUAGCAGCUGCUUCUAUGUUCUGACAACUUGAGAAGUUUUCUAGGACUGCUUGGCGGAGUUGUUACUGAAAAUAUGAGCAACAAAGGAUUUUCAACACUUGCAUGCUUGCUUUUUGUCUGCUGCUUCUGUUCCUGCAAAGCUAUGCCAACUAGACUCAACCAGGAGUCUGUGAAUGACAGACCUGUUAUCGGUGUUUUAACUCAGCUAGUUUCGGAUAAGGCCAUGAAGCCGUUUGGGAGGACUUACAUACCAGCUUCCUAUGUAAAAUACAUCGAGUCUGGAGGUAGCAGGGUAAUGCCAAUCAGACUGACCCUUACUACUGCAGAGUAUGAAAACAUCUUCAAGAAGAUAAAUGGCCUGGUUUUCAUUGGUGGAGCUGCAGAUUUGAAGACUUCAGACUUUGCCAGGGUUGCGCAGAUUUUUUACAGACUUGCGCUUGCGGCCAAUGAUGCUGGGGACUUCUUCCCCAUCUGGGGCACAUGCAUGGGCAUGCAGCUACUCACCGUACUUGUGGCCGGUGAGAAUCUGCUGACGGACACCUCAGCUGAGAAUGUAGCUUUGCCGCUCAACUUAACUGCAGAGGCCCACUCCAGCAGGAUGUUUCAAGGUUUUCCUGAAGAACUCAUCAAGGCUUUGACACAAGAACCUCUGACUGGCAAUUUUCACCAUUAUGGACUGACAGUAAAGACUUUCCAGGAAAAUGUGAAGCUGGCCAGUUUCUUCUCCCUCUUGUCUACGAAUGAGGCCACAAACGGAGCUCACUUUGUCUCCACCUUAGAAGGUAAAAACUAUCCCUUUUAUGGAGUACAGUGGCACCCAGAGGUGAAUCGUUUUCAGUGGGACACAAAGCUGAACUUCCCUCACUCCCUUCACGCCGUUCAGGUAUCAUCGAAGCUGGCUGAGUUCUUCGUCAAUGAAGGAAGAAAAAGUUUGCAUAAGUUUGAUGAUCCUGAGGAAGAGGACUCUUCUCUGAUAUACUCCUACACGCCUGUCUACGCCGGGAACUUCACAGCAUAUGAGCAGGUCUAUUUCUUCUGAGAUCCCAGAGUAGCUGACUGUAUUUGUGUGUAUGUGUGUCUGUGUCUGUGCAGAACAACAUUUUGCAUGUGAAGUGAGGUAAUUUUAAUCACAGACAAGCCUCUAAACAGAAGGCUGACUCAGCUGCAUGCAUGCUGAUUUAAAGGACAUUGUUCUUAUGCUGAGGAAGUAUAUGCUUGUGAAAAAAAAUUACUUCUAUACGUUGCUUAUGUCAAUCCUAUUUGCAGAAAUAAACUCAUUUUUUUGAGAAUG